ACCUGGAGCUUGCGCCCCGAACCUCGACUCUGAACCCCGCGGCUUUCAACAAAACAAAGCUCGCAGCCACCCACCUUGCAGUCAAUGAUAACAUCGACUGCCUCGAUCCCCAAGCGCCAUGUCUUUGCCAGAAGCAGCAGCACCGGCUCCUGAAAAUGGAGUCGGAAACCGACCACCAACCGCGCCCCCGCUGAGCGAAGAAACGAGAACCCAGGUGCAAGAUGUCCUGACAUCAGAGAUUGGCAUCUCGGUGAUGCUCAACCGGCUCAAGCAGAGCAUUGCCUCGGCAAAGGAGUUUUCGCAAUUCCUCAAGAAGCGCUCAGUACUCGAAGACGAUUACGCAAAUUCCCUCAAGAGGCUAUGUAGGCAAUCACAGGACAGCAUGCAACGGGGCGAGCAUCGCGGCGGCACCUUCGGCCGCGCGUAUGAGGAGAUGAUGGCGGUCCACGAGCGCAUAGCCGACAACGGGAUACAGUUUGCCAUGUCGCUACACACAAUGUCCGAAGACCUGACAGAGCUAGCCCUCGUCGCCGACAAGUCUAGGAAGGGGUGGAAGCAGAGUGGCCUGGCGGCUGAGCAGCGCGUGGUUGACCUCGAGGUCGCUCUGCGCAAGUCCAAGACCAAGUACGACGGCCUUGCCGAGGAGUACGACCGCGUCCGAACUGGGGAUUCAGCCGGCCGCCCUGGUGGGAAGAUGUUUGGUUUUAAAGCGCACAAAUCUGGUGCUGGGCACGAAGAGGACCUGCUCCGGAAGGCUCAGGUUGCAGAACAAGAUUACCAGGGGAAGGUUCAGGUUGCGUCUUCAGAGAGGAGCGAGCUUGAAACAAAGACCAGGCCAGAAACUGUGCAGGCGCUUCAAGAUAUUGUAAAGGAGUGCGAUUCUGGGCUGGCACUGCAGAUGCAGAAAUUUGCAUCGUUCAAUGAGAAACUAGUGCUCAGCAAUGGCCUCAGUAUCAGCCCCCUCAAGCAGGCGCCCGAGACGCGGAGUUUACGAGAGAGCGUCCUCGCCAUUGACAAUGACAAGGAUCUAAACGAUUAUUUGAGCGGCCAACACCCGAGGCUGCCACCAAGGACAGGGCUGCCCAAAUACGAACGCAAUCAUCUCCUUGAAACAUCAAAUCGGCCGCCAACUACGGGCACCACGGCUCCUACUCAGAACACGCCACAACAACCACCGCCGAGCUCCGUGCAACCGCCACCGGCCGGUAUCUUCCAGGGUUCUCGGGCAAGCACUUUCUCCGACGCACCUGCCGCUCCCCCAAACCAGGGUUCUGUGGGACACAGUUAUAACCAGAGUAUGGGCUCUCUCCCGAUGCUCGGUGGCCCCCCGCGGCCGCCUUCCCAACCGCAGCAUGAGAGAAGCUUCAGUCACGGGAGCACCAUGAAUCAGGGUAGUAGCCCUGCGGGUCAACAAUAUCGAAGCGCGGGCGCUCCUCAACACCAAGCCCAACCGUCUGCUUCCAGGUUUGACGGUUCGUUCAGCUCUGCCACUUCGCAGGGGCCACCGCAACUCGGCGCGCUAUCGUUCCAGAGCCCCCAAGCACAGCAAUCACAGCAACCGCCUUAUGCGCAGCUACCGUCUCAGCAAGGAAAUCAGAACGCAAGCGCGUUUCCACAACCUCCGGCCAUGGUGCCUCCUCAGGCGCACAGGCAAUCGCCGCCAGCUGCCCCUCAAAUGGCCCCGCCGCGCCCCGUGUUCGGGCUCACCCUAUCCAAGCUUUACGAAAGAGACGGGCUGGCUGUACCUAUGGUGGUGUAUCAGUGUAUCCAGGCCGUGGACUUGUUUGGUCUGAACGUUGAGGGCAUUUACCGGCUGUCUGGUUCCGUGCCACACGUUAACAAGCUCAAAACCCAGUUUGAUACAGACUCUGCAUCCGGCAACCUCGACUUCCGUAACCCCGAAAACUUCUUCCAUGAUGUCAACAGUGUUGCCGGUCUGCUAAAGCAGUUCUUCCGGGAUCUACCCGACCCGCUGCUGACAAGGGAGCACUAUAUGGGGUUCGUUGAAGCAGCCAAAAACGAAGACGACAUCGUCCGCCGCGACACCCUCCACGCCAUCAUCAACAACCUGCCCGACCCCAACUACGCCACUCUGCGCGCCCUGACGCUGCAUCUGCACCGCGUCAUCGACAACUCGUCGGCCAACAGGAUGAGCUCCCAGAACCUGGCCAUCGUGUUCGGGCCCACGCUCAUGGGCACCGCGCCCGGGUCGAACAUCUCGGAUGCUGGGUGGCAGGUACGGGUGGUGGAUACCAUCUUGCAGAACACGUAUCAGAUCUUUGACGACGAUGACUGAAAGGAGCCGCGCUGCUGGUCUAGGGAGGAGGGGCAGUUUGAAGGGGGUUGUUGGAGAGAGGGGGCGGUUUGUAACAUAACGAUGAAGAAGUACGGAACGCCUUAGCAUGAUGGGUAGGUAAUUGGGGGCGAGCAUGGGGCGGUCUCUGAGGGAAAGACGUUGUUUACCGGCUCGUGCCUUGCAUUCAACCACCGAGGCUGGUGCUUAGUUUUCCUUGGGUUUAGAAUCGCCUGCAAGGCUUCGGGGGUGCGGUGGAUUUUGCGGUGGAUUGAAAUGGGAUUACGUUGCUGGACACGCAUGCUUGUCACGGAUCCAACGGGUAAUGCAAGAAAAGUGACUUCUUUGAUAUACAAUCAUAAAUAGUUGUGAUUCCGCC